CGAAGUACAAGAGUAGCGGGGACAAGAAAACGCUUGAUCGAUUGCAGUCUUCCAGGACACGCCAGACAAGUGACGGAUAGGCUAUUGCCGUGACUGAAAGAACUUGGUCGAGCAUGAGCGAUUUUGGCAAUUUUUUCCGUGAUUACACCGCGCCGGGCCAAAAUCCAACGGCGUAUGAGAAUUGUGACGAUCCAGCGCCAGAUGGCUCGCAUUCGCGCUUCAAGUCGGCGUACACACACUGGAAGGAAACACGAAAUUCUUACAUAGAAGAGUUUAUGCUACAUCGUUUGAUGGAUGGCGACGGCCUGGAUGGCAAUGAUGAGGAAAUUUGUGAACCAAAGCUCGUAGAAGCGUCCCAGCAGACGAAUGCAGAAGAUGAGGAAGAAGAUCAGCUCGAAACCCAGGAUGCCGAUCUUUUGAUCGCUCCCACUCAAGACGUGGUACGAAAGAAGCAGAUCGUGCCGAUGCCGCAGCCGCACUUUCCCAACAUUGCCGAUACAACGCAGGAUAUUUUGUACUUCAGGGAUUUGGAUUUGUGGACACGGACAGCUUCGUUCGAUUUGCUUCACGUCACCAAAGUUUGGCGCACACGGGAAACCCGCCGCUUCGCUGUUAAAUACCAACCCUCUAGUAAGUCGAGCACCAUCACGUUCGGAAGCUCCGCGACAUGCUCUUUGCCACGCAUCGUGUUGGAAGCCUGCGUUGAAGACGGUCCACUCUCGACCUGCUAUAGUCGCGUUUGGAGUGCUGAAGUCACUCAGCUAAACGGACCACCGCUGGGUGGUCUCCGAGACCGGGCCACCCAUGUCUUUGGGGAAUCGCAGGUUGAAUGUCGACGUAUGCGAAUCUUUUGUUACAAUGGAUGGGCCCAAGCAAUGGAAAGCAUUGUUGCAAGGAAAACAAUAGCGACGGCAAAAGACGAUCUUUGGGUGCAAAUCCUCAACGUUCCAGCUCGGUGCGUCUUUCCGCUUCCCCCAUCGGACUGGUACGAUGCCCACGAUGCGUCUCCGUACUGUUUGUGUAUCGGCGAUGCCUCAACAAUGCGCAUACAGCCAGGCGAAGGAGAGGACGACGACAACGCGGUCUCGGCUCGAUUCGACGACGAUUUGUUGCGCAUGGCAGUGGGUUGGUUAGAUAGGAAUGGACAAACUCAAGCGUUUCGUGUGUCCGUUAAUGCACACGGCAAUAUAAUUGAGCAAAGGGACGACGUUACCAACGAGUUGCAGCACGCCUAUCUCCGUUGGCAGGAAUUGCUGGUUGUGCUCGAGGUUCCACCAGUCCCUGCCGACAAGAGGGAAGGAGCAGCUAUUCCUACCAACAAAACACAUUCGCAGGGUCCAUCCGACCAAGACGACAGCGAAGUCGGUACAACCAUAAAUGGAAGUCAUCCGCCCCAGCGAAGCUUCUUAUCAACAACUGGUGAUGCGAAUCUCUCGAGUUCGCAGGGAAUCAGAACGACAGGAAAGAAUCCGGCAGUAUGCCAAGCAGCAGCACGAAGAGAAGCUUCUGCCACACCGAAGAAGCACACAACAGCGGACGCGCAGCCUGUCCCGCCGUUGCCCCGGAAAAAGACUAAGGAAACGAUCGAGUAUCACCAACUGAAUAAUUUGCGUAACGUUUACGAGAGUCACCGUACUUUGGCCAUACAACCCGGCGGUUCUUUAGGACCUUGUCUCGUCAACGUGUAUGGAGUUGUUCUGGGCUUUGGAUCCCCAGCGCAAACAAAAACGGGCGAUUGGAUGGUGGGCAUUGCCUUAGUUGACGAAACCUUACCCCUGGCCGAACCGGAUCCAGCAACAAAGCUAGUUGAAUUUGUUCACACUGUCAACUUGAAUAUUUUUGCCAAGCACAGGGAGGACUUGCCAGAUCUACGAUGUGCUGGUGACGUAUUGCGAGCUCAUAGGGUAAAGUUACAGGAAUGGAACGAUGAAAUGCAGCUUUUGGGGUUAAGGGCGAGCUCAUACGUAACAUUUCGAAGCAAUAGUGUGAAUAUUCCUGGGGAUGAAAGUGACUACGUUAUAAUUCCUACUGCCAAAAAUGUGUUUACAAAUACGGCGGAAGACAAAUGCGUGUUUGUAAAGCACUGGAAAUGGGCACGUAAUCGUCUCUAUUCCUACGCAACGAUGAAGGAAUCACAAAGUUUUAAACUUUGUGAUAUGGGACGACAGGGUUACAAUCAAAUGGACUUGUACAUGGACGGAAAUACCCGGGGGGACUUGACUGUAAUUGUUACCGCUGUUAUCCCAUAUCCACCCGAAGUCGCUUCCUCGUCGACCCCAAAAGGAUUCCUUCGCGUCUGGGAUGGGACAGGUUUGCCAGAGUCAGACCCCCUUCCCGUGAGCUCACAAGCAGCGAAGGAUGCAGUGAGCAAUGGCGAUCCCCCAGUUGAAGUGGUAACCAAACUUGCCAAGUUGACCGAAAAAUUGAGGCACGUUCGACAAAAUAGUGAUCUAGAGACUCCGAAAGCGACCGCCGGUCGUGUUGCAAACGUUGUCAUCUGGGAGAAAUCGCACUGGAAAUUGGUAGACAAUGCUGUUGGUGUUGGUUCUUGUAUUCGGCUCCGUAAUGUCCUAGAGGAACGAAUGCCGAAUGAUGGUCUACGGUGCUUGAUGGUUCAGUCGAAGUCCUACCUUACGCCUCUUCCCGACAUGACUUACGAAGUGAUUCGACUAAUUGAAGAGCACAGCGAUCGCCUCCUUCGAAAUGAACCAUUGAAUUCAAAAAGUAGCAUUCUUCCGCUUGAGCCAUCCAAAAAUGAUGAUGACACCGAAUUCCGUGAAAGUACAAUGGAGCCACACAUUGAAGUUGCCGUGAACCCGAUGCGGUCGUCAAGAUCACCACCACCAGCUGCUCUGGAAAACAAUGUGACGGACCUUGCUUCGCUUCUGAAGUCUCCCAUUGCCACAACAGUCAGCUGCGCUGUUGCAAUCGUUGGCACGUUCCCUUCAAUAGAGACGAUUAGUACUGCUGGUGUACAACUAGUUGUUUCGGAGGGAGUUGACGGAAGGAAACUGUAUCGGCUUGGUGUUCGCCUUGGAGAUCAAUCGACGCAGCUUAGCGCAAUUGUAUCUGAGAAAAGCGAAGUCGGCGAUGCGCUGCUUGGUAUGUCGCCUCAGAUUGUCCUCCUUCACCACUCUCACGCUCUCCGGAAUCUGCAAUCGGUCUUAAACGACACAUCGUUGUGGCAUGCACAACUACGAACGGUUGCGUUUGAGGGCGCAAAGUACUUCUUGCUCGAAGCACUUUCAAAACUUUGA